GGCUCUCUAAGGAGGGGAGGGGGAGACGGAUAUGGGAGGGAAUGGCGCCUACAGCCCCCGUCCCGUCAGGGCGCCCGCGGGAGUGCGCGUUGGGGGUGAAGGGAGACAUGGAGAGCUGUCUGGCGGCCGCGGCGCUGAACGGGGUGGACCGACGUUCCCUGCAGCGCUCGGCUAGGCUGGGGCAAGAAGUGCUGGAGCGGGCCAAAAGAAGGGCGGUGGACUGGCAUUCGCAGGAGCGUCCCAGAGGCAGCACGGGGGUCCUUUCCUGGGAGGGACCCUACCACGCAAGAAGGCCGCCCGCCGGCCCCCUGUGCCUUCUCCCGGGAGAGAGAGAAGAAAGGCACCCGACCCUUAGUGCUUCGUUCAGAACGAUGGCUGAAUUCAUGGACUAUACUUCAAGCCAGUGUGGGACACCUGCAGUGCCUCAGCUGGGGCAGGAGACUAAGCCAGGAACGCAACUCAGCACUUUCAUGGGCUCAGGCUUGCUAGAGGCUUCAGUCGCCUGUCAAGAGGGCAGAAAUAUUACUCAUCUGUGCCAGAAGAAGGAGGGACCACCCACGUCUGUCGUUAUCACAGAGGGAAGUCAAUGGUGCACCUGUGUUCGGAAACUGGGAAUGGUCAGAGAAAAGACAGAGGGGAGGCAGCUGUUGGUCCUGGAGGCUGCCUCCCGGCAUCAGAGCAUACCCUGGAAUCCUCUCAGUCGACUGAGGACAUCUCUAAGGACCUCUACAUAGAAGUCUACCCAGGGACCUAUUCUGUCACUGUGGGCUCAAGUGACUUCACCAAGAAGACUCACGUGGUAGCGGUGGAUUCGGGACAAAGUGUGGACUUGGUCUUCCCAGUAUGAUGGUGACCGUCACUGCCAUCACCUCUUUUUAAGUAGCAAGAAUAAAGCCAUGGUCUGAUCCUUGUAGUAGUUAACACAUUACUACUGCUUUUAGUGCUGAUUGCACAGGGCCAGUCUUCCAGUGAACUGGCCUCUGCUUCUUUUGGUGGCUGCUUUGAUAUGUACAAGUCCCCAUCCUUGUUGAUUGAAAUAAUGUGAUGAUGCUGUCUCAACAGUUUUUAUUGCUUGCUUUCCAAGGAAAGACUAACUAUGAUAAUAAAGGGAGAGAUUUGGAAAUGAAGAGAAUUCAUUUGUAUUUGCAUUUACAGGUACAACACACUGUCACCCACAUGUAACUGUAGGCUUCAUGAGAAGAUGGCAGAGAGGCUGUGGACACAUCUGCCCCAAGCAGGCCGACCACACUCUGUCGCAGCCGUGAAUGGGGCAUCCUCAUGCAGAAUCGUCAGCUCCCUGUGGCAGAGCGCCCUGGGAUGGGGCUGCCAUACUCCCAUGCCCCUCAUGACAGAUGCCUUCUGGCCGCUCGUCUGCAGGGAAGUCUUCACGGGGUGCAGCUGCUGCACUUGUAGCCUGUGCUCUUCCUCCUCCUGUGGAGAGCAUCCCUGUCAGCCACUGUCUGUAGUGCCUCCUCAAGUAUUUACCAUCAUUAUUUUUAUUCCUGUAAGAGAAAAAUCUCAAGGAUCAAAAGUCACUGAUUUGGGGGCCAGCACUGUGGCACAGCAGGUUAAGCUGCCACUUGUGGUGCUGUAUCAGAGCGCUGGUUCUAGUCCUGGCUGUUCCACUUCCAACUCUCCCUGCUAAUGCACCUGGGAAAGCAGCAGGUGAUGGCUCAAGUGCUUGAGCCCCUGCACCCUUGUGGGAGAUCCAGAUGGAGUUCCUGGCUCCUGGUUUUGCCCUGUCCUAGUCCUAGCAGUUGCAGCCAUUUAGAGAAUAAACCAGUGAGUGAAAUCUGUCUGUCCCUCACUCUCUGUUGCUCUGCAUUUCAAAUAAAUUUUUAAGUCACUUUUUUUUAAAAGAUGUAUUCACUUCUUUGAGGGCAGAGUUAAAGAGGGCCUCCAUCCACUGAUUCAUUCCCCAAAUGGCCACAACAGCCAGAGCUGGGCUGAUCUGAAGUCAGCUUCUUCCCGGUCUCCCACACAGGUGCAGCUGCCCAAGCACUUGGGCCAUCUUCCACUGCUUUCCCAGUCCAUAAGCAGAGAGCUGGAUGAGAAGAGGAGCAGUCAGGACAUGAACCAGCACCCAUAUGGGAUGCCAGUGCCUCAGGCAGCGGCCUAACCUAGUACACCACAGUGCUGGCCCCAAGUCACUGGCUUUAAAAGUCAUUGAUGUGUCCCAAACUUCCUUAAGCCACCAUACUAACAGUAUGAUUGCCUCUGACAGUUUAGUUCAUCUAAUGUAGUUAAGUGUUGCCUUGGUAGAUAUGCUAGUAUUUUAUGUGUUGAAAAUGGCAGUCUAUGUACAGCUGUAAUAGCAUUCCUGGUUUGGAAUAGACUUAUAGAUACAGGGUCUGGUAAAGCAAGCCUGUGCCCAACACCAUAGGGCAGAAAGUCAUGGAAAUGGAGAGCCUUCUCCCCUCCCCCACCCCUGAAGCCUGUGGUGAACCUGAGGAUUCUCGAAGCUUCUGAAGUCACGUGCAAAGUUCUGAGUAUGUCCUGUUUUCCAGGAAAAGGACUGUGGAUUUUAUUGUUCUCAAAGUGGGUGUGGCCCAGAAGUUCUAAGAGCCACGCGAGGAGUCAAGGAGCCCCUUCCCAGCCAUCCUGCUUUACCUAGAUCCUCCGAGCUUUGUCUAGGGCGAGUUCUUGUCCCUGUGAUAUGUUCCUGUACUCGGCCUUCGGCGUCCAGCUUCCUCCGGCAGGGUCUGUGGUAGCUUCACAUUGCUGGCUCUCAGGGCCAGCUCCGUGGCAGUCCCCAUUACUGCAGGUGGCACUUUCUCCUGCUUAGUGUCCUUCUCUUCCUUUCGGAUGGUGCAAGAUCUUGUUCCUAAACCCAAAAUCCGUUAGUUAUGUUGAAUACGCCAUCAUUUUGAUAGGAUUAUUAUUUGAGAAGCAGAGAGGAAAAGUUCCCAUUCACUCCCUGAAAUGCCUACAAUGGCCCUAGGCCCCUGGGCUGAAGCUAGGAGCUGGGAACUCGAUCCAGGUCUCCCAUAUGGGUAGCAGGGAUUCAGUUACCUGAGCUGUUACAACUGCCUCCCAGUCUCAUCAGCAGAAAGUUGGAGGAGCCAGGAAUCAAACCCACAUACUAAAAUACGGGACGGGGGGCAUCUUUUAAUUAAUUUGAAAGAGUUAUGCAGAGAGAGAAGUAGAGAGAGAGAGAGCUUCCAUCUGCUGGAUCACUCCCCAGUUGGCCACAACAGCUGGAGCUACACUGAUCCAAAGCCAAGAGCCAGGAGCUUCUUCCAGGUCUCCCACAUGGGUGCAGGGGCCCAAGGACUUGGGCCAUCUUCUACUGCUUUCCCAGGCCAUAGCAGAGAGCUGGAUCGGAGGUGGAGCAGCUGGGACUUGAAAUGGUGUCCAUAUGGGAUGCCAGUAUUGCAGGCAGUGGCUUUACCUGCUACACCACAGCGCCAACCCCAAUGGGACGUGGGCAUCUUAAGCAGUAAGCAAAACACCCACCCUGGAAUUAAUCUUGAUGGCAAGUCACGUAUCAGAGAUCACCAGAUCUCAAGCAUCUGUAAGCUCCUAGUAUUGUUUUGCAUUUUUAAAGAGAAAUAAUAUUUGUUAAUCAUUUCUGGCCAUUGUGCUUUAGAGUAAGGGGUAUUAUCAGAUACCCAGAUUUCGAGUUGGGGAGAAACAGUUAUCAGCUUUUUCAAAGAGCUCUGGGGAGGGGGCGGUGUUGUGGAGUAGUGGGUAAAGCUGCUGCCUAUAACACCAGCAUCCCAUAUGGGCGCUGGUUCAUGUCCUGGCUGCUCCACUUCCCAUUCAGCUCCCUUCUAAUAGCCUGGGGAAAAAAGGGGAGGAGACCCUUUCAGUCCUUGGGCCCCUGCCACUGACAUGGGAGACCCAGAAGCAGCUCCUGGUUCCUGGCUUCAGCCUGGCCCAGCAGUGGCUGUUGUGUCUGGGGAGUGAACCAGCCGAUGGAAGAUAUCUGUCUCUCCCUCUCUCUGAUUGACUUUCAAAUAAAUAUUUAAAAAAGAAAAAUGGAAAAAUGCCAGUGGGGGAAGCAAAGAUGGGUUACUGCCUCCCGUUGCGGAAGCUUCUCCUUUACUGAAGUAUCAGAACUGAUAAUGCUGAUCACAGGGAGAGCCGGGGGCUGGUGCUGCGGUGCCGCAGGUGAAGUCACCGAUUGUGAUGCUGGCAUCCUAUCCUGGAGUACCAAUUUUCUCAGAUACCGUGCUCCAGUUCACCUCCCUGCUAAUGGCCUGGGGAGGCAGCAGCAGAUGGCCCAAAUGCUUGUACCCCUGCUCCCUCUGUGGGAGACGAGAAUGGAGUUCCAGGUUCCUGGCUUCAGCCUGGCCCAGACCUGGCUGUGGCAGCCAUUUUGGUAGUGAACCAUUGCAUGGUAUAUUCUUUCUGCCUUUCAAAUAAAAUCUUAAAAGGAAAAGAAAAGAAAAUAAGCUGGUAGGAAAAUAAGCUUUAAGAAAUUCAAUUAGACGAAAUAAAAAUCCUAGGAGAUGGGAACAGUCUAAAAAGACAACUUUUAAGACUACACGUUGAAUCCUGUUCCAGUCAAGCUGAGGAGGAGAGCAUUAUGACUGCUGGCCAUCAGCAGCCCAGUCUCCCUAGGAUUGUUAGGAUCAUUGGCCUCUCACUGUAACCGAAGGGAAUGAAAGUGGAGGAGAUUUCAUAAGAGGCCGAGCGCAGGACUGACUAUCAAAGCAUCAGUGCUUGACAGGACUCCUAUCAAAUACAUCUAGCACUGAUUAACAGACAUAUUUAGGAGAGGCUGGCAGCACAUUUCCCUAAAGGGAAACAGGCCGGAGGGGAGCAAAGGCAAACUCCGGUGUUUGCCCUUGUGUUCAGCCCUGAGCCACACGUGCCUCUGUGUGCUUCAUCUUCACUAGGUAGCUGUGGCUGGCAGUACCGCACCUACCGUUGGGGCAAGACGGGCAUCUUCCUGGCGUGAGCGGUCCUUCAGCUACCGAGCAAUAGGGCAGUGGCUUCAAACUAGGUCCCAGAGUGGAUCCCAGUGUGGCCGGUGCCUGAAGGCCAUUCAGCCUUCCAGCAUGCCUUCCCAGCACAGAGAGCAGAGCCAUGUGAAGGGCGUGGCAUAGACACACACACACUUAGGACAGGUGUGAGGCAGAUCAAUGAGAUGCUGCUCCCAGCCCUCCAUACUUUUCAGCUCCUGGCAGAGAAAUUUGGGGAAGUCUGAAGACUGCCGAGGGGAACUUAACACUGCUUCCCCUCCUAGUAGUGAGGAGUGAGCAGCACGGGGGCUGGCGUUGUGGUAGAGCAGGUAGAGCCACCGUCUGCAACACCAGCAUCCAUACAGGAGUUGGUUUGAGUCCCUGCUGCUCCACUUCCGAUCCAACACCCUCUUAAUGGCCUGGGAAAACCAGCAGAGGAUGGCCCAGGUGCUUGGGCCCCUGCACCCACGGAAGAAGCUCCUGGCUUUGGCCUGGCCCAGCUCUGGCCAUUGUGGCCAUGUGGGGAGUGAACCAACAGAUGGAAGAACUCUUGUCUCUGAUUCUCCCUCUAACUCUAAAUAAAUAAAUAAAUAAAUAAAU